UGUACCUUUGUGAUGUCCCUAUGUCAGACACAGGGUAAAGCCGGAACUGGGACAGAUAUGGUUCUUACUCUGAAGUUGUCACAGCCUGGGAAUCAGAAGCCUGGCACAUCUGCUAUGGUCUAGUGUAGCCCAGUCUGACAUUAAACUAUGUAGCUGAGGAUGACCUUGAACUUCCAGUCUUUUUGACUCUGUUUCCCCAAGAUUUGGAUACCACAUGUGAGGAGGGCUUUAUGCCUGACGGCCAAGCACUCUUCCUAAGGCAUCUCCAGCCUCUCGAUUAAUAUUUAGGGAGCCCCUGGGGUGCGCCUAUGGAAGCAUAGGCUGUGUCCCUCCCUCUGGCUGUCUACCCCCAUCUCCAAUCUACACAGUGUGAAAUUGUAUCGAUUCUCAGGCUCGCUCCAGCCCCCUUUCAGACAUACAACCACCCACCAUCUCUUUUCCUCCUCGCUGACCGUCCCCUUCCACUCCGGGUUCCUUCGUCCUGAUGGCUUCCCAAAAAUAUAUAUCAGGCUGGCUGUGGUAGCAGAUCCCUUUAACCCCAGCAUUCAGGAUUUGGAGGCAGGGGGAUUUCUGUGAGUUCAAGGCCAGCCUGAUCUCCAGAGGGAGUUCUGUGACAGCCAGGUCUACACAGAAGAACACACACACACAAAAGAAAAAAUACAUACGGGCCUGGAGAGAUGUCUCAGCAGCUAUUCCAGAGGGCCAGAGUCCAGUCAUAACUCCGGCACCAAAGAACCUGACACUCUUCUGGAUGCCACAGGUAUCCCCACACGUUUCCAGACACGAUGAGUAUAAUUCUAAAGAUGAAUAGACUUUCUUAAGCAGCAUAUCUAGGCAUCUUCUGUUCAUUUCUAGUUCAUUCCUGUGGGUGGUCCUUCUCACUGUCCCAAGGCCCUGCAUGCUAGGGAUGCUCAUUACUACAGCCACUGUGGUCUCUUGGGGCUCUGCACCCACUCCUACUUACAUCAUUCCGAUCUACACAGUUCCCAGGUUUGUGCUGAGCACUGAGGCAGGAAGGGAGGUCCAUGCAGUUCCUGCCCUGGUGGCCUCCCAAUUCAGGAGGUUUGAUGUAACAAACCAAUACAUGAGCAAGACAAUCUCUGCUCAUGCCAAGGGUGAUGAGAAUAAAGGUCAUGUGAUCCAGUGUGUGGAGGAAGUGGGUAGAGUCCUGAAAGGUGGCCCGAAGGAUCAAGGCAAGUAAAAGCCCAGGCAGGACUGAGUCCUGGGAGCCUAGGAACGGGAAACCGGCGGGUGGAAGCUUGCAGCUUGGAUUGAGGGCAAGGAGGGAGUUUGGAGUCCGUCAAAUCUAGAGUAAGGCGGAUGCCUGGUGCCUUGCUGGAGUUUGAACUCAGUUCCACUGCCAAGGGAAGUCACUGGAUACUUAAAGUACGAGGGUGACAUCAUCCUAUCUAUACUUUUAAAAGAUCGUGCUAGAUUGUGUCCCUCUAGUUAGUUCACCACAAAAAUCUCCGGUGUCUGGCCCCACUGUGGCCUCCAGCGGGCGCUUCAAUCACACAGAAGGAUGCUCUGACAUCUCUGCGACCUGGAAAUGGUCACGUCUUUCUCUGCUUUUAGUUUCUUUACCUGAUGGGAAUUUCAUGUCUAAAAAGACCCGAAAAACACGGUUUAAGCUACCUGCCUUCACAGCCAGUCCUAGAGACGAACAUCCUCGGUUCGGAAGGAAAUUGAGAGAAUCAUUUCUCUGGCCCCCCAACCAAAGCCCAGCGACCCCGCCCAGCCAGAACCAGGGUUCAGAGGAUGCUACAUCCUUGGGGGUAGGACCCAAGGGCAAAGGCCAGCCUCCCCCUCGCGGAUUGAGUGCGAAGCGUGCAACAAGAAGGCACCUCAGCCAAUGCCCAGAGGCUCAGUGCAGCCAGGACCAGAGUUCAGAGGAUCCUGCAUUCUCGGAGGCGCGACCCGCAAGCAAAGGCCAGCGUCCCCCUCGCGGACUGAAUCCAAAGAGUGCAACCGCAACAAGAAGGCCUUCCCCCAGACACUUCAGCCAAAACCAGGAAGCUCUGAAGGGCCAGGACCAGAGUUCAGAGGAUGCUGCAUCCUUGGAGGAGGAACCCGCAGGCAAAGGCAAGCGCCCCUCUCGAAGAUUGGGCACAAUGGUGACAGGAGCAUCGCGAUUGGUCGUUCGCGAUGCAGAGGCGGGGCCGGAUCCCUGGGCCUCGGAGACACCACCAAAGCGAGAGAAGCUGCACCUGGGGACGAUGGCCACACCAAGCCUUGGGUCCCACGAGAUCCUGGCCCACUCCCUGGAGGUUGGAAACAGGUCCGUUUCCUCAGUGAGCCGCCGAGGCCUUCUCUGGCACCUCCGAGCUAGGCAAUCUAGAGUUGGCCUGUUUGAGAUCGGUCCAGGACAUGAACUGCACAGAAUGACUCGGAUGAUGCAGGAAGGGCUGUGGGCUGCUACCCAGGUCUCCAUGAACAACCCACCCACGGGACCCCCUACCCGGAAGGAUUUCCUGGAAGUCAUGACCCAAGUUCACCAAGAGGGCUUCGAGCUGGGCACCCUGGCUGGUCCAGCUUUUGCACGGCUGAGGCAAUCCAUCGGCCUGACUGAAGAGGACUACCAGGCUACCCUUGGCCCUGGCGACCCCUACCUUCAAUUCUUUAGCACCUCCAAGAGCAAGGCCAGCUUCUUCCUGACCCACGACCAGCGCUUCUUUGUGAAGACCCAAAGGCGCCAGGAGGUGCAGGUGCUGCUCGCCCACCUGCCCCGCUACGUACAGCACCUGCAGCAGCACCCACACUCCCUGCUGGCACGGUUGCUGGGCGUGUACAGUCUGCGGGUGGCUCGGGGGAAAAAGAAGUACUUCAUCAUCAUGCAGUGCAUCUUCUACCCUACCAGCCGGAUCUCUGAGAGGUAUGACAUCAAGGGGUGUGAGGUUAGCCGCUGGGUGGAUCCAGUCCCUGAGGGCAGCCCCCUGAUCUUGGUGCUGAAGGACCUGAACUUUCAAAAGACCAUGAGACUGGGAGCCCAGCGGAGCUGGUUCCUCCGGCAGAUGGAGUUGGACACUGCCUUCCUGCGGGAACUCAAUAUGCUGGAUUACAGCCUCCUGGUGGCCAUUCAGUUUCUCCACAGAGAUGAGAAGGACGGUUACCGCUGCAUCUUCAGCGCGUUCCGGUCCGUACAAGGUGUAUCGAAGUCGGAGAAGAUGGAGGGCCAGAACCUACGGAUGCUGCCCGACCUCCCCAAUGCCCUCCAUAUCUUGGAUGGGCCAGACCAACGCUAUUUUCUGGGCUUGGUGGAUCUGACUACCGUGUAUGGGUUUCGCAAACGGCUGGAACAUCUGUGGAAGAUAAUGCGCUAUCCAGGCCAGAGCAUCUCCACUGUCAGCCCGGCUCACUACGCCCGUCGCCUCUGUCGGUGGGUGGAGGCGCACUCUGAGUGACUCUCACCUGUCUGCCUUCUUCCCAUCUGGACAAUAUGCCCCCAACAAUUUUCCAGUUGUACCCAGGGAGCUAGCCUGCAGUUCACCCUCUCAGCCACAAGAGGGGAGCACCCUCGUAACUAAUGCUGUGAAGACUCGGCCCCAUUCGGUGACGGUGCUGUACCCUGCUUAAAGCAAGGAUCCCGACCCCUCCCCCCCCCACACACACCCUU